AUGCUCCAAGAGGCUAAAAAAGAAAUAAUGGACAAAGCACUUUUAGGAAAUCCAUUUAGCAUUAGCCGAGUUCUAGCAGACGAUUUUGGAAAGAACUUCAAAAAUGGCGUGCAAGUAUCCUCGCCAAACAAGGACGUUCCAGCCGAUGAUUUUAAACUUGCAAUGUCUUUUCCCCCUCGUCAUCUUUUCGUGCAAUCGGAAAUUUGCAGUGAUCAUGUGAGAACUUCAAACAAUUCGCAUUUAUUCACACACAGUAACGAUCUGUACGCUUUCGACAGUUGCCCACCUCCCUCCUUCGUCGCAGGUCGAGUGCCUGCCUCUGACGUUCAGACACUUAUCUCAAGGAAUGGCCUAGUUCCCCGCAUAUCCCACAACAGAAUAUCUUCCCCAUGUUCAGACAAAGACACUCUGGGAUGUUCCGACUCUGAAGGCACCCGUGAUGAUAAUGAUGCAGACAGCGUCGACGUCUGUGGGCGUGACAUCUCAGACUUUUCUGAAACUUAUCACCAUGAACGUCAUAGCAGACACCGGACAGACACUGAGACAGACAUACCCGACUCUCCGACACGAAGAAGUUGUACUAGUUCUGUGAGUUCCUACGACGAUAUAGCAGUCGAUAAAAGUGAUCAAAAUAACAAUACUGACGUCGAUAUUGAUGAUGAUAUUGAUGACAAUGAUAAUGUUGAUAUCAACAUACUUUCUGAUUCAAGAAGUAAAAUAACCAGCAUUGACGCAGAAAAGACAAAAGAAAAGAACAGCUGCGGUGAGAAAGAAGACAAAAAUGUGAAAUCUGAGGAAGACAAAAAGAAUGAGAAACCGCCGUUCAGUUAUAACGCCCUCAUCAUGAUGGCCAUCAGAAGCAGUCCCGAGAAGAGAAUGACGCUGAGCCAGAUCUACGAGUUCAUCACGAAAAACUUCCCCUAUUACCGAGACAACAAACAGGGCUGGCAAAACUCUAUUCGGCAUAACCUGAGCUUGAACAAGUGUUUUCUCAAGGUGCCCCGACAUUACGACGAUCCUGGUAAAGGAAAUUACUGGAUGUUGGACCCGUCCUGCGAUGACGUAUUCAUUGGGGGAACUACAGGAAAGCUUCGCAGACGCUCGUCACACUCCGCUAGAAGUCGUUUAGCAUUCGGGCGUGUGGGAUUCCCAUACAUGGGAAUUCCGGCGUUCCCCCGAGAAGGACACCCAGCUCUUUUGCCAUUCUCGUCGUUUUAUUCCUUACCGGGCAUGAUGAAGCAUCCUGGCAUGUACCCGUACAUCGGACCCAACCUUCUACCUCCCCAUGCCAGCUUUAUGGACAACGGAAAUUCUGCCGCUGCCGUCAUGAGCAGACUACCUGGCAUAGAAAAACUGUUGCUUCACAGCGCAACUCCAGUUUCUGCAGGUGCCACGUCUGUAUCAUCCUCGUCUUCCUUAUCAAGAUCUCCACCAUUCCCCUCUAGGAUGUCUCACGUGGGCAACCCUCUAAGACAUAUCUCCUCAUCUCCGUACGGGGGUCUGACGAACAGUUUACCUCCCUCAUCGUUCGUUAUACCCACACUGUGUAACUUAAAUUCCAAGUCGCCGGGAUUAUCGACCUCUGCUGCUGUAUCUAUUCACAAGAAAUUAGGGAGCAACUCGUCACCAGCGCACGAUAGUGCUGUCUCGCCGCUGAGUUUGUAUCCUCACUUCUUCCGAUCGCUUUUCUGGGGCCAAUGUGGACUGUCACAAGUUGGUUUCGCCGAUGUUGACACAUUAACUAAAGAAAGCUUGCUUCUGACAACUGACAUCUGGCUUAUGUGA